UGGCGAUCCUAGCGCACCUGUGUUCAAAUUUUGAUUUCGCUAAUUAGAACAAUUUAACGGUGUUUAAGUUGUCUGCGGCGGAAAACGACGCUUACCUCUGCAUUUGUAGAAAUUAUGUUGGAAGAAUCAUCAAAUUCGGAGGACUCAACGUCACCAAAAUCAUUCGAAAAAGCUACUGUUAGAAUUUCCUAUCGACGACUCCGUCCGUCGGACGUGGAAGCCACGUUUGUUCUAGCUAAUUCCGUCUUGCCCCUUUUCUACCCAAGGUUUUUUCUGAAGAAAGUUAUCGACUCUACGACGGGUACAGCUAUCGGCGCUUUCAAUGAGGACGAAAAAUUGGUCGGCUUCAUUUUGGGGGAUUUUGACCUAGUCUUUGUUCCCAGGGCAUUAACCCAGUUGCAGGUAGAGCAAAAGAAGGGCUUUUGUAUAAUGCUGGUAGGCGUAGACAAGUCGUUUCAAUCUCUUGGCAUAGGCACGCGAUUAGUAAAAUUGGUAAUUGAUCCAGAGAGCUCUCCAACGAUAGCAAAUGCGGAUUUCGUGUAUCUACACGUCAUGACGGAACACCUUCGAGCGAUUCGAGUUUAUGAAAGUGUCGGAUUUAAGCGAAUGGUUGUUUGGCCGAAGUACUACGCCCUUAAUCCUGCAAGAGACGCCUUCGUCAUGUUCAAGCUCGUUUCACCGAAAUUCAAGGGACAAUUUCUCUAAAUCAUUCUUAAUAAAACCGCAAA